AUGAGCGGUAGCUCUAGCCAGUCCACUCGUACGAGUCCAGGGUCUUUUGGAACCACACAGCUCACCGAGUCCGUGUCAUCUGGUUCAUCGCCCCUACAGCAGUCACUCUCUUCUUCCCAAGCGCCUUUGACGGCUCAGCAUGCGAUGUCGACCGACGUGUACAGUCCGACUGCGUCGCAAGCGCCAUCUCUGAACAACACAUUCUCCUACCCAUUCUCUCCCAUCGGUACCUCGGGCUCCUUUGAUAACAACAUGCGCUUGGGUGAUACUGAUCGCAAUCUCCAGGGCCUGAAUGGCCUUGGUCGCGCCGGCAACGGAGGCGCGAUUCUCAUGCGCAAACUCCCACGAAACACUAGUCGCGAAGCACUUCGCAGCAUGCUGCUCUUCGCCAAGGACCUUGUUGACGCGGAUUUCGUGACAUUGGAUCUGCCUGAAGACGAGGGAUUCUUGACCGCGAUCGCGCGAUUCACUUCUCUGCCGGCUGCCGAAGAGGCCAGAUCCCUUCUGGAUGGCAAGCCAAACUCCAAGAACGACGCCAAAAUGAUCGUCGAAAUGUAUCCGGGCUCCAUGGGUUCCAACCUAUCGAACACGCGUCGCAAUACCAUCGACCACACAGCGAGCCGUGCAUUGAUGGGGGUUCCCUCGAACGGUCCUCUUGCGCGCCAAUCUUCGCGUUUCAAUGGCACUUUCCAGAGCUUGGAGAGACUUUCAAACGCCAACCCCAACCAGGCUAUAGGCGAAGGUCUUCCGACUUCCGAAUCAGGCUCGCGUAUGCAUAGCCUUUUCUCCCCACAAUCUCCGAUCGGAAACGGCAUCGAUAACUUGCCUCGCAUUACCGGAAAGUCCAUGAUCGAUGAAGACCCAGACGAGGAAACUGGGGAACUGCUUAAGGAUCCGGUUGGAUAUGCAGAGAACGGCCACUCCACCAAUAUAUCCGCCGGGCGCCGGGCGACCAACCCUACAAUUCCGGUCAACCAUUUUGCCAACAUGUCGCUAUCGACAAACAUGUCUUCUCCCCCUUUGCCAAACUACCCUGGAGGUGGUGCGCAACGCAUGGGUGGUGGAACACCCGCAUCUGCAUACCCUAGCCAAGGUCAUGGUUUCCCAUAUAAUGCUCAACAUACCCCACGCCAUAGUCUUCCUGCUGCGAACCCCAAUGACCUGAACCCCCCUUGCAACACAUUGUAUGUGGGCAACUUACCCCCGGACACUUCCGAAGAGGAGCUCAAGGCUCUUUUCUCCAAACAACGUGGGUACAAGCGACUUUGCUUCCGAAACAAGCAGAACGGCCCUAUGUGCUUUGUUGAAUUCGAUGAGGUGGCCAUGGCUAGCAAGGCGCUUAAUGAACUCUACGGCUACAAGUUGUCCAACAGUGUCAAGACUGGCAUCCGUCUCAGUUUCUCAAAGAACCCGUUGGGUGUGCGUUCCGGUCAACCCGGCAGCAUGAACUCCUCCAACUCGGUCUCUAAUCAGGGUGCAGCCCCUGGAGGAAGCAGCUUAAGUGGAAUUCAUAAUAACAUGUUCUCGGCUGUCAACGGCCCCCCUCCUGGACUGGCAGCACCCCCUGGACUUGGCAUGGCCAUGCCCGCGCCACCAAUGCGCAAUGGCAACAUGCACACCCCGGUCAACCCCCACCCGGGAUUGAUGAACAACGGUUCCUACAACCCCAACUCGGGCCUUGGCAUCAGAAACGGAGCCAAUUCAAUGAUGAUGUCGCCCCCACCCCCAAGUAGUAGUGGUGGUGGUGCCGGCGGUAACAACAACGCGGCGUCGAACCUCAACGGCUAUCCUACCUUCUACCCCGACUACAUGAUGGGUCGCUAA